AUGCUUGCUCUACCCGCAUGCACGCCUAAAACGUGGCUCGACUUAUCAACCACUUCGAGGGAGUCUCACCCGUGCUGGUGCUGGCUCUACCAGGUAUACUGUCUUGCUGCGGCUGUCCGUAGUCGUUCUUCCUGGGCUGCUAACGUGGACCCCUGUGCCGUUUUUCCUUCGUAGCGAGUUCACCGCAGCUUGAUACACCCAGUAAUUGCUGCUGUGGAGUGGUUCCAGCAAACGCUGCUCGCUGCAUCUGCUACAGCGGUGUGCGAUGAUGGCUCCAGAGAGUCCAUCUCCUCUUUAUCUCUUCUACAAUCCUCCUCUCGGCUCCGAAUGUCUAUCGCGCUCCUGUCGGAAUUCGCUCCCCUCACAGCCUUCCGUUCAGGCUCCCGCGAUGACCCCGCUCACCACAAGCAGCAGCAUAUGCGCGUACGCCCACGCGGCACUCCCGCCGCACGACUUUCACGACCACCGGCAGUCCGCCUUUCCGCAUGGUCACCCCCCCGCGGAAUCCGUCGCGCCACAUCUCGCACCUCGGGAAUCUGUUUCUCCGCUUCCCGAUCCCCCUGAACCCCGCAUCGAGCCACAAUCCGCUGUUUUGAAUCUCGAUCCAGCACCGCCUCUCAUGGAGCCAGCGGGAGUGCACACUCCGUUCGAUUCUUUCGCCGUCGAAUCCGACGGCCACUUGUUCACGGACGUGGAUUACGGGCUCGGCUCCCUAGACGACGCGUUUCACGGGCUCGAGACGUUCACGGACCUGUGCGAUCUGCCGGGACCCACAGCGGAAGCGUGCGUUGUGCCGGAUGGAGCAGCGGUUGAGAACACCAUGGCUGCCGCCUGUGAGACUCUCGGCGAAAAUUCGUCGCAGCACGUUAGCUGUCACCAGCACGUGCCACCAGAAGCGGCGGCGCCGCCGGCGCUGGCGCCCAACCUGGCGCCGUCUAACCUUUCAACUCCGCCUCUUCCGGCGCAGCAGCAGGACGGCUGGAUGGCGCUGCUCGCAGCGGACCUUGGGCUUGCCGCGGAGGAGGCGCCCGCGGAAGGCUGCGCGGACGCAGGGAUGCGCCUGUCGAGCGGUGCAGGCGCCUUCCAGGCGGAGGCGGAUGUUGCGCUGCACGUUGGGGGCCAGGCGGAGGCGGAUGCGGGGGAAGCUGGGGGGGUAGUGUGGGGAGGAGUUGCGGAAGAACGGGCGGUGGGUGGUGAGACCCACGUCUUUCAGCAGCAGCAGCAGGAGCACCAGCAACCACCGCUGUUCUCCGCGUGGGGGGCGGACGUCGUGAGCAGCAAGGGAAGGAGCUCCGCUUCGGCCGCGGAGUUCGCACAAGCGCAGCUGCAGCAGCAGCAGCAGCAGCAGCAGCAGCAACAGAGCCAUGAAUCGUCCGUGGGUUGGCAGGGCAGCAGCCUCGACGGCAGCAAACUCAACAGUAGCAGUCUCAAUGGCGGCAGCAGCAGCCUCGUGUGCUGUUCCGCCAGCGACGACGAAGCGGUACAGGCGAUGGUGGAGGGAGAGGAAGUGGGGGGAGACGCGGAGGAAUUGCAGUACGGACAGGAUAAGUUGCAGCAGCAGUUCUACCAUUACCAGGGACAGCAGCAGCAGCAGCAGCAGCAGCUGGUGCUGCAGCAGCGCCAGAAUCAGUACUCAUUGCUGCAUUAUCCUUCCGCACGCGGCGUCUCUCCCUCGCCUCCAGCGGACGAGCCCGCCUUCCCCCGAUGGAUCUCCGCGCCUGCGAUCCCAGCGCACAGCUCCGCCUGCCCGUGCGGGCGCUGUGCGCCAAGUGCGCAUGCAGGGAAAUCCCCUGCGAGGUCUCACUCCGCGCUCAUAUCUGGCGCAAGGGGGGUCAGCGGCAGGGCGGGGGCGGGGGCAGUAGCAUCUGGUGCAGCGGGCCAUUUCGCGCCAAAACUAGGUGCGGUCAGUGUUGGUAGAAUCAGCCCUCCGAAAAAGCGGCAGCAGGUUCUUGUAGUGGCAUCUGCAUCGGCGAAUCCUGGCCGUCGACCGGGGGAUCUAUCUCAGCGAUUGGCGGCUGUGAUUGACCGGAUCGCGGCUGGCAACGCGCCUGCUGACGGUGGUGGUGGUGUAGCCAGUAGCCCUCGCGUUGCUCUCUUGCUUGACUCCGAAGGUCCUUCUCUUCCUGCUACUGGUGUUGCUACUGGUAGCGUUGCUGCUGGUGCGGGCGCCCUGACCGGUGCUGCAGCGUCGGCGUUGUCUCUGUGGGAUCGAGUCCGGCGGGAAGGCCUGAGUAGAUCAAAUGGUUCUGGGACGGUUUCGGCUAGUCCCGCGCCACUUGCUGUCGCGUCUGCUCUUAACGCGGAUGAGGGGGCAAACUUGCUGCCUGUGAGUGGCAGCAGCCCUGAUGCGCUGCAGCGAGCAGCAGAGGGGGGGUUCAGGACAGGGGUGGCGGGUGGGGAAAGGGAGCGGCAGUUGGUGCUGGGAAGAGGGCCGGGGGCAGGGGCAGGGGCAGCGUCCCAGUACGCGAGGAAGGGGGCAGUGAAGGGAGGGAAUGGCGGGCGGGGGGGAGCAUUGCAACCGGAUGGUCCGGAUGGUGGGGCUGGCGUGUUAGAGCCGAUUGCUUUCACAGACAGUGGCAAACGAGCACUGAGCCGGGAUGGGAAGGCGAGCGGGUCUCGCAGGAUAGGAGACGAUGAAGAGGAGUUGGCGCAUGCCGAUGCGUACAGCAGUGGCCAUGGCUAUGCUCUGGCUGAUUCCGCCACUGGCAACAAGGCCGUUGGCUUCUUCCAUAGCAGCAGCACCAGCAACGGCAGUCGCGGCAGUGGCGGCACAAGUGACAGCAACAACACCACCACCAACAACAACAACAACAACAACAACAACAGUAGUGAUAGCAGCUUGGCCUCUGGCAGCCAGUCUCGUGCCCUGGCCCUGCCAGCGCGGCGGUACCUCAGCAGCUUGAGCUACGGCGCAAGGACGCUGUACCCAGACGCUACUACCGCGGCAACAACCGACAGUGGAUCGCCACUGCCGCCGCCGCUGCCGCAACUGCCAGAGGGGCAGCAAGCCACCGUGCCCACGUCUUCCGCCCUCGCUCUGCUCCCCUCCGCAUCUCACCUCGGCAUGUCGGAAUCCGACCUCUUUCUCCGCCUCGCUGCUGGCGCCCGCACCGCCGCACACCCACCCGCUCUCCCCUCCCCCUCUGUCUCCGCCUCUCUUUCCCCCUCCUCCCUCCCGUCCAAUGGGUUUGCGCACCCUGUUUCAUUCACCAUGCAUACGUCCGCUUGCUCCGCAUACUAUACCGCCUCCUCCCCAACGAGCUUGCAUAUCACUGUCCCUUCGGUAACAAUUCCGAAGCCGCUUUUCCCGGAGCCCGUCUUUGUGGGAUGUCCGGUGGAAGCGCGGGCGACUGAGGCAGUGGUGAGUGAGGCGGCGGGCAUGUGGAGGCACGAUUCGAGCCUGGCGCCCGUGUCGGCCACUGCCAGGCUGAGAACUGUGGAUCAGCUCACUGCGCUCGCUGAGGCCUAUGCCACGGACGACCAGACGAAGAUCCGUUUCCUGAACCGCAAGCUGACGAAGAAGGCCGACCCGAUGGGCGAUCCUCUGCAGCGCACGGUGCACUUUUUCCUCGAGGCGCUGACGGCGCGGCAGGAGGGCCGCGGACUGGAGCUCUUCAGGCGACCUGUCGACACGCCCUUAGAGGAGGUAUCGCAGGCCAUGAUGCUGCUGUGCCGCGCGGUGCCCUUUGUGCACACGUGCCGCACGGUCAUCUACGAGGCUGUCCUCCACGCACUCGCCACCGAGCCUGUCUGCACGCACCUGCACCUCAUCAGCUUCGGCAUGCUCCCCGGCAACAACUGGGUGGAAGUCCUGCAUUCCCUCCUCCACCUCCCCAGCGGGGCCCCGCCUCGCAUCACCCUCACGGGCAUCGACGCCCCCACGACCCCAGGGAAGAUUGCCAUGAAAGCAGCAAUGGGGGACUUUGGGCAGAAGCUGGAGGCGAUGGCUGCGGCACUGGGGCUGAAUUUCACGUACAGGGCGGCGGGGGUGGGCAUGGAGGCGCUGCGGCCGGGGAUGAUGCAGCGGGAAGGGGAGCCUGGGGAGGUGGUGGUGGUGGCGUGCGCGAUGCACAUGCAGUUCCUGCCGGACGUGUCAGUGGUGCGUGCCAACCAGAGAGACACCGUGCUACGGGUCGUCCACUCCCUCCGUCCCGCCGCCUUCGCUCUCAUAGACGUGGACGCCAACUUCAACAGCCCAUUCUUCCUCUCACGCUUCCGCGAAGCGGCCAUGUACUACACAAACCUGCUCUUGUGCGUCGAUGCCGCGGGCAUGUCGCGCACCUCGCCCCGCCGUGUUCUCUUCGAGUCCUGCUACCUCGCCCGCGACAUCGUCAAUGUCAUUGCGUGCGAAGGCCUGGACCGCAUGGUUCGGCCCGAACGUAUGGAGCAGUGGCAAGCUCGGCUGGAGAGGCUCGGUUUCUUCCCCCGCGCUGUGCCCCCGGACCUCGUGCAGAAGAUUCUGGUGCUGCCUGCGUUCCGGAUGGGGGGUAGGAGUAAUGGGGUUGGCGGUGCUGGUGGUGGUGGUGGUAGGGGCCAGGUGGGGUAUGAUGUGGCAGAGCAGGGACACACACUGCAGGUCACAUGGAAUGGGGAAAGGAUCUUGUGGGCUGGGCUCUGGUGUGCUGCCGCACCGCUGCAGAUGAGUAGUGGGAAUGGGACCUGUUUACCUAUGGUUAUGUGAGGCUGAAGAUGGAGGAAGCAUGUUUCAGUGGGAGCCUCAGAGGUGUGGGCUUCUUUUCCGCUUGUUCCCCCAAGAAGUGAUUGGGGAAUGGUCCAAGAGGACUGAGAGAUGGGGAGUCUGCAAUUUCUCUGCUCCGUUCGUUGCUUUUUGCUUGUACCCAUACAUUUCUGUUCUUGUACAAUUUUAACACCUUC